AUGCAGUACGAGCCUCUCGACAUGACGAAGAACGAGAUUCGUGUUCUCGAGUUUCUUGAUCUUCCUAGCCCAGUCUCAACCGAAGGCAUCAUUCGAUGCUCUAUCAGAAACGUCUCGCUGGGAACUCCUCGCCAAUCCUACUUCAGGGGUCGGAAGCUUCCAUCAAUAUGGGACAAAUAUACCAAGUCUGUGGAUUCGCGACACUUGACCCUUGAACAAACGACACAUGCUGGUCUACAUGGGACUCCGGGCAGCGGCUCUCGUUACGACUGGGGAGAUUUUGAAGCCCUGUCAUACACAUGGGGUGAUACAAGCGAGACAAAGACUAUCCAAAUAAACGGUGUUCACAAGGACGUUCCACGCAAUCUCGAAGAAGCCUUGAGAGCCUUGCGAAACCUGGAAGAGACCCUUUCCGGUAUGUGCUACUGGAUAGACUCAUUGUGCAUCGACCAAGAGAAUAUCGAAGAGCGAAAUGAACAGGUCAAACGCAUGAAAGAGAUAUACGGUCGAGCUAGAGCUGUUAUAGUAUGGCUGGGUCAAGAAGAGGAACAGGAUGGAAUCGCUGUUCAGAUAAUGCAACAAUUAUGUAACGGUGCGGAAGGCAAAUACCCUCGAAACGACAUGGUUCGUCGCGAAUGGCCCGCCAUCAUCCCUUUUGCACAAAAGCCAUAUUGGAGCCGGUGCUGGAUCAUCCAGGAGCUCGCCAUGAACCACAAUGCGACUCUUUUUCUGUGCGGAGAGUUUGAGCUGACGAGGAAAAUGAUAGAAUCUGGCGCCAGAUGGGGUCUACGGUUAUCACAGGACUCCGAGGAUAUCAACCAUCAGUCCGACCACAAGUUGCAACUUGGUGCGUGGGCCAUGGUCACCCACAUGGAUAAUCUCAUAGCUAUUGAACAUAAGGGAAAUUAUAGAAUGGGCGUAGACUCUCUCCUGCAUCUUAUCCGUCGAGCCGGCGCAACUGAUGAGAAGGAUAAAAUUUAUAGCAUACUCGGCCUGUUAGAUCCUGCGAUCUCCGCAGGUGUCACACCAGACUACUCGCUCUCGGUGCAGCAAGUGUAUACGGAAUUUAUGAAGUCGGCUAUUAAUGGAUCGGGAAUAUUGGAUCAGGUCGUCUUUGCAGCGGUCAAACAGAAGGAGUAA